CACUAGGAUAUAGGCGCGCACCGCACGACGCACUUGUCUGUUCCGAGCUCGUCGGCAAAUAACCCGCUUCUGCAUAGUGGCCGUUAUUUUGAAGGUCUAUUCUACCAUCAGUUUCCUUUGGUAAUACCAGGAGAAGUGUGGUUCACAGCUCAAGUACCGCCAUGGCUGCGCUGUCGGGGGGAGAGAUGUGCAUCAAAUACCUGAUGUUUGCCUUCAACCUGGUGUUUUGGGUUGCAGGCACUGCCGUCUUUGCUGUAGGCCUAUGGCUAAGAUUUGACGCAAAGACCAAAGGCCUGUUUGAAGGACCAGACUCUCCAUAUGUUUUUUACACAGGUGUAUAUAUCCUGAUCGGAGCUGGAGCACUGAUGAUGGUGGUGGGAUUUCUGGGAUGCUGUGGGGCCAUCCAGGAGUCGCCCUGUAUGCUAGGACUGUUCUUCUUCUUCCUGCUUAUCAUAUUUGCCGUUGAGGUUGCAGCUGGAAUUUGGGGAUUUUCCAACCAAAGCAAGGUGGUCAGUGAUAUCACAACAUUUUACAUGCAAACAUACAACAACUACAAGGCAACAGGAGAUGCUCGGCUCAGAGAUACACUGCGAGUGAUUCAAACCGGGCUGAACUGUUGCGGUCCAACUGGCACCGUCGCAGAUGCUGACAAAGACACCUGUCCCCAGGGAGAGCUGCUUGAGAAGCUCAUUACCAAGAGCUGUCCCGAUGCUAUCGAUGAGGUGUUUGACUCUAAGCUACACAUCAUAGGAGGAGUGGGCAUUACCAUCGGGGUUGUUAUGGUGUUUGGGAUGAUCUUUAGCAUGCUCUUGUGCUGUGCCAUCAGGAAGUCUCGUGAGGUGGUGUGACACUAUCGCACCAUGAAGUCCUUGUUAAUAUUGCAUGAUGUCAUUCCCAGAGUCAUGUGACUCUCCACUGCCAAUAGAAAGUGCUUGUUCAAGGUGGAUUACCUAAGCUAGACCAGACGCUGUUAUUUCUGAUUAUUACAUUAUUCAUCAGUUGUAACUGUCUUGUUGACACUUAGGCCCACCUCCCUGGACUAGAUAAAUGCAAUGUGGUUAUUAGGCCCAACUAUAGAAUGGGUGUCAUCUGUGCUUCAGUGGCAACAUGGUACAGAAAUGUGUAAUUGUGUGGUCAUUUGAUUGAAAUGUGUUUGUGAAUUGCUGUCUAAACAACAGAUCAUAUUGUAUACUGAUCACAUUAUUAUAGCUACCACUGGGGUCACCUACUGGCAAGAGGAGUCAUGGUCCAGGGUGAAAAAAGGCAACCACGACUUAAGCACAAUACAGAAGUAGCCAAUGAAAUUCUACAGUUCCUUUUUCUAAAAACACUGUAGUCAAACUAUGGUGACGAGUAGCCAGUUAAAUGCCGAGCGGUGGAUUUUCUCAGCUUGGUUUUAGAAUAGUAUCUCAGUUCAUUCAUUGUACAUUUCUUUUGUUCCUUUCUUUUCUUUUCCCAUCUCCUAAUUUUCCCUUGCCUUUAUUUUUUGUAAAUGUCUUUUUGUAUUUGUAAAAGAUUAUCAUCUUUGAUGGUUAAAUGGUACUUGUGCUUUGAUUAUGUCCUUUUGAUUUUACAGAUCGGGUUGCUUUAUACCAUGUGCACUAUGUUUCUGAGACAAAAAUUGAGAGCCAAAUAAAAUGUACUAAGUCGACUC